AUUUAUAAAUUUGGCAUAGCUCGUCACUAACUUGUUUAUUUCUCCCCCAUCUCACUCACCUUCUCUCUCUCAAAUCUAAUUUGUUUCCCCUUCUCAUUUCCCACAGUAGCGUUAACCUGCCUUGACCCACAGAGAUGGCAACUAAACUGAGGGUAACAAUUGUUGUUGCCACCAUCUUUGUGCUAACAUUCUGCAGGGUGGCGACGGGACAGGAACCGGCAGCGGUGGGGUUGGGGUUGGGACCAUCAGCAGAGGCACCGACGGCGGAUUGUUUUACGAACUUGUUGAACUUAUCGGAUUGCUUGACGUUCGUGGAGGCAGGGAGCAAUCUAACGAAGCCGGUGAAGGCAUGCUGUCCGGAGCUGGCGGGGUUAGUGGAAAGCAGUCCACAAUGUUUGUGCAAUCUAUUGGGUAAAAACGCAACCGCAGUGGUUGGGAUGGACAUUGAUAUGAAGAGAGCUCUGAAUCUUCCCACAGUUUGUAAUGUUUCCACUCCUCCUGUGACUCUCUGUUCAGUCAUCAAUCGUGCCCCAGUUGCAGGUCCACCCCAAAGCGAAGAAUCUGUGUCACCAGGUGGCAGCCCUUCAAAUGGAAACAGAAAUGGAGCAGUCAUUGGCUUGGCUUUCGCUACUGCCAUUUUGCACACACUUUUUGGGAUUUAUUAAUUUCUUUUCUCCAUUAAUAAUCAUGUACUUCAUUAUUUUAACAUUCAAAUAUUCUGCGUGUCCUAUGUAUGCCUUUGUUUCUCUGGUAAUGGGGAUAAAUACAAUACAAUACAACAGAUGAAACAAAGAAAAACAGCAAAUCCGUAAGGGACAAAAAAUAUGGUUCUGAUUGCAGCAUAUACAUAUGGAGUUCCAUAUUUUUAAUUUUCUUUUAA